AUGUUCCGAACCCUGUGGAAUUAUUCCAUGGUAUCGCUGAGCGUGCUGCUGGUGUCGUUGGUUUUUCGACGCCACCUGCAGUCGCCAGCGAGCAUCGUCGAUCGGCCGCUGAUCAAAAAAUACGAUUACAUCGUUGUCGGCGCCGGUACCGCUGGAUGCGUCCUGGCCUCUCGGCUCUCGGAGCAGGCCAACGCGAGCGUCCUCUUGCUGGAAGCCGGCGGCCUCUUUGGCUGGCUGUCGAACGUGCCCCUGGCUGCACCGGCCCUGCAGAGGUCGCAGGUCGAUUGGAGCUACCAGUCGACGCCGCAGCUGCACUCGACCCGGGGAAUGCUGAGCACUCGGCAGCGGCUGCCUCGGGGAAAGGGCCUGGGGGGCAGCGGCCAGCUCAACUAUCUCGUGCACUCGUUCGGCCGAGUCCAGGACUACGCCGACUGGCCCAAAGGCUGGACGCAUCCGGAGCUGCAGCCGUACUUCGACCGAGUGGCCCAGCGCAUGUCCCUGACCGAUCUGCCUCCCGAGUGGAAGUUGGCCGACGCCGCCCUCGAGGCCCAGCAGCUGCUCAACAUCACCGUGCAGCGGGCCCAGAGCAGCGUGCGAUUCGGCAAGCGCUGGGGCAGCCUCCAAUCGCAUCUGCAGCAGGCUUGGAACAGGCAAAACUUGCACAUCGUCAUGAACGCCCGAGUGACCAAGAUACUCCUGGACGCGAACAACUCGAUCGAGGGGGUGAGGCUUCGCUACGAGGACGACGGGACGCGCGACGAAAUUCGAGCCGAUCGCGAGGUCAUCGUCUGCGCCGGUGCCAUUGCCUCGCCACAGCUGCUCAUGCUGUCGGGUAUCGGUCCGAGCGACCAACUGCUAAAGCACCAGAUAACUGUGCAGCUCGAGUUGCCAGCGGUGGGCCAGAAUUACGUGGAUCACUUCACCACUCCGAUGUACGGCUACCUCGAAGCCCCUGUGAGCAUCACGUUUAAUCGCGUCAUGUCAUUGCCGACGAUCAUGGAUUACUUCGUUUUCGGCAACGGGCUUCUAGCGACUAAUGGAAUCAUGGCGAUCGCGCGUCUCGACACGAGCGCGGUCAUUCUCGCGGCGAUCGGCACCGCCAACGAAAAGUUGCUCAAAGACAUAUCCGAUUAUCGAACCGAUACUUUCAGAUCGAUGUUUCCGACUUAUAAUUCGACGGACAGCGAGGGUUUCACCUUCAUGUCGCUCUGUCAUCAGCCCAAGAGUCGGGGCAACGUCAGCCUCGCUUCGAGCAGCAUCGACGACCAACCCAACAUCGAGCCGGCCUACCUCGAGCACCCGGACGACGUGAAUUGCUCGAUCAAAGCCAUACGCCUGGGUCUGGCCAUAAUCGACACGCCCAAGUUCCAGGAGCUCGGCGCCAGGCCUCAUCUGCCCGACUUUAAGGAAUGUCGACACUUGCCGCAGGACUAUCAUGACGACGAUUAUGCCGAGUGCGUCGUCAAAGUCGCCGGCAUCACGGGACACCAUCCGAGCGGUACCUGCGUCAUGGGAGAGGACCGGCUCGACAGCGUCGUCGAUCUGUCCUUGAGGGUGCACGGUGUCGAGGGCCUAAGAAUAGUCGACGCCAGCGUGUUACCAGGCCCAAUAUCGGGUACACCGAAUUCUCUCAUCAUUGCACUGGCCGAGAAAGCAGCCGACUUGAUAAUCGGCCUAGUCGACUCACAUUAGCGACUCCCAACAGUUGUACAGAUAGUUCAUUGGUGCGUGUGUGUGUCUGUGCUUUUGCAAUUUUCCAAGAUAUAAUAUCCCUGGCUUACAUUGUGUUAAAUGUAGAAAUUUUCAUAUACAUAAAUAACAUACAUAAAUAGUGCGAACAAGA